AUGGGUGUGGGCAAUCUCAAGGGCCUCUUCAAGCCCAAGGCUGAGCAGCAGGAACACUCUCAGGCUACUACGCCGGAGAGGGCUGACUCUACCCUGGAGAAGGACAAUGGCAUCAUCGACGACAGCCCUGUCAAGUACCUGACCUGGAGAUCUUUCAUCCUGGGUAUCGUUGUUUCUAUGGGUGGUUUCAUUUUCGGUUACGCUACUGGUCAAAUCUCUGGUUUCACCACCAUGAAUGAUUUCAAGGUUCGAUUCGCUGAGCGUCAGCCCAACGGCGAGUAUGCUUUCAGCAACGUCCGUAACGGGUUGAUCGUCGGUCUGCUUUCCAUCGGUACUAUGAUCGGAGCUCUCGUCGCCGCCCCCAUCGCGGAUCGUGUCGGCCGCAAGUUCUCCCUAACCUUCUGGUCCCUUAUCCACAUCGUCGGAAUCAUUAUCCAAAUCGCCACCGAUGACAAGUGGGUCCAGGUUGCUAUGGGCCGUUGGGUUGCUGGUCUCGGUGUCGGUGCUCUUUCCAGCGUCGUCCCCAUGUACCAGUCCGAGGCCUCCCCCCGCCAGGUCCGUGGUGCCAUGAUCAGUGCCUUCCAGCUGUUCGUUGCUUUCGGUAUCUUCAUAUCCUACAUUAUCAACUUCGGUACCGAGUCCAUUAACUCCACUGCCUCCUGGAGAAUCACCAUGGGCGUCGGUUUCGCCUGGCCACUGAUCCUCGGACUCGGAGCUCUCUUCCUUCCCGAGUCCCCCCGUUUCGCCUACCGCCACGGCCGUAUCGACGAGGCUCGCAAGGUCAUGUGCAAGCUCUACGGUGUUGGCCCUAACCACCGUGUCAUCGUCCAGGAAAUGAAGGAUAUCAAGAACAAGCUUGAUGAGGAGCGCGCUGCGGGAACCGCCCCCUGGCACGUCAUUUUCACCGGCCCCCGCAUGUUCCACCGUGUGCUCCUCGGUGUUGCCCUGCAAUCUCUGCAGCAGCUGACAGGUGCCAACUUUAUCUUCUACUACGGAAACUCUAUUUUCACCUCCACCGGUCUCAACAACUCCUAUGUCACUCAGAUCAUCCUUGGCGCCGUCAACUUCGGCAUGACCCUACCAGGUCUAUACAUCGUGGAACACUAUGGCCGUCGCAAGAGUCUGAUGGCAGGUGCUGCCUGGAUGGCAGUUUGUUUCUUCAUAUGGGCGAGCGUCGGCCACUAUGCCCUGGACGUAUCCAACCCACAAAACACUCCCGCAGCCGGCAAGGCCAUGAUCAUCUUCACCUGCUUCUUCAUUGUCGGCUUCUCCACUACCUGGGGUCCAAUUGUCUGGGGUUGCGUGAGUGAGCUGUACCCUGGCCCAACCCGUGCCCUCUGCAUCGGUAUCGCCACAGCCUCCAACUGGGGCUGGAACUUCCUCAUCUCCUUCUUCACCCCCUUUAUCUCCUCGUCCAUUGAUUUCGCCUACGGCUACGUCUUCGCCGGCUGCUGUGUCGCGGCCGUCCUCGUCGUCUUCUUCUUCCUCAACGAGACCAAGGGCCGCACCCUCGAGGAGGUCGACACCAUGUACGUCCUGCACGUCGUCCCGUGGAAGAGCGAGCACUGGGAGCCUCCGGCCGAUAUCAUCCGUGAUAUCCACCCUCGCCCUGAUAGUGGGGAUAACAACAAGGCCAAGGCUGAGGGCCAGGCGGAGCACGGUGAGGGUCUGACGCAGGGUACCCUGGCGGAGCCCCACGAGAUCCGGGAGUAG